AUGCUUGAUCGUAUUGUUUCAGAUGCCGAAGUAUCCACUUUCUUCCUAAACACUGCUAACUGGAAAGUUUCGGAGUUCGUUGAUGAAUUACACAAUGCAUUGAAAAGGUAUUCUGGCAAUCCUUCGAUAAUUCCUCCGAGGAUCGUUGGUCGUAUCCCUUCCGGUGAGGCAGGUUACUUGUAUAUGCCCGUUAUCGACGAUGUCUACUCUGGAGUGAAGACAUUGGGUUUCAACCAGAAGUCUAAUCUGGGAUUUGUGGGCUCAAUCACUGUGUUACAACCUAGCACGGGGUUGCUGAAAGGCGUGUGUGAAGCAAAGCAGAUAACUGCGAUACGGACGGCAUUGGUUAGUUGUGUUGGUCUGUCUAAUCAAUUGAGCAGGUUUAGAAAUGAAACUACAAUCAACUGUACAGUCUUUGGUACUGGUCUUCAGGCGUUUUGGCAUAUUUUUUGUUGUUUACGGCUCUUUCAUGAGAAGAGUAAUGUAUCAAAGUUCAAUGUUUCAAUAUUGUAUAGAUCAUCUGCAAUGAAUUUAAGCUGCUUCGACGAUAUGCUGACUUCUGAAAACAUUGAUGUUUCCUUCGAUCAAAUUUCCUUGCGAGACAAGGUAAAAUUGGGCCUAGCGAUUGAUAAAAGCCAAGUGAUUUUUAGUUGCGUCCCGUCAACGGAACCACACCUGAACUACGAUUUAUUGGCCAAUUCCAGUUGUGAAGUACUGCAUACUUUCAUCUCUUUGAUUGGCAGUUACAAACCCUUCAUGCAUGAAUGCGAUACAAAACUUGUUAGGGCAUACAAAGAGCAGAAAGUACCAAUUCUCGUAGACUCUAAAGAGCACACUCUCCUAGAGGCGGGUGAACUCAUAGAUGCCAAAAUUGAGGAAGAAGGGCUGAUUGAGAUUGGUAAGCUUUGUGAGAAUUCUUUAGAGUCGAUUACAUUAAAUGAAAAUGGUCGUACGGUUUCCUUGUGCAAGAUAGUUGGCUUGGCUAUCAUGGAUCUCUGUAUCGCUAAAAAAUUUAUGGAUGGGUUGUAG